AUGUCAUUAUCUUUUAUGACUCCACUAAUCUUUUCUGUGCUGAACUUUUUGGUAUGUGUUUUUUAUCCCGCAAUAGAUACAUUCUCGUAUUUAUACAAGGAUGAAAUUAAAAAUAUGGGCGACAAGUAUGCCAACACUUCCAUAGUAUCGCAGCCUUCACACUCAUCACUUUAUGCCCACUUCAUCGUAUACUGGAUCAUCUACUUCAGCACUCAAUUCAUAGAAUACCUUUUUUUCACUACCAUUCUGGUUUUCAUUCCCCUCUACUACGAGAUCAAAUUGCUCACAUUUUUCUGGUUAGGCAGCUCACACUUCAAAGGAGCGGGUUAUCUCUACUUGACUUACUUAAAGACAUUAAUUAAGGAUUUAUUGCGAAUAGGAGAAAAUAAAUUGGAGGAGAUGGUUGGACCUCAAAGUUAUAGUCAAAUCAAGGACUCACUUAUCUCAAUUUCCUUACAAAAUAAUUCGCCGCCCAUUAGCAGUUCAAAAAAUGGAAACAGCAGAGGCAGGCCAUCCAAUAAAUAA